AUGGAGAAGGAGGACGCGAUACAGCCGCAGGCCGGCGCAAAUUUCGACUAUGAGGCGCACCCCAAGGAGGAGGGCUUGCAGCUCAAUGUUGGUGGUCGUGGUGGCACGCAGAGACGGUUGCGAAACUACCAGGUCACCAUGAUCGGGUUCUGUAGCGGGAUCGGGACGGGGCUGUUCGUGGGUACGGGUGCUGCAUAUGCGAAAGCCGGCCCGGCGGGACUGUUACUGGCGUAUCUUGUUGUUGGACUGGUACUAUGGUGCGUGAUGCAGAGUAUCGCGGAGCUGGCGACGUUGCUGCCCACCGCGGGAUCUUUCCCGCACUGGGCCACGAGGUUCAUCGACCCUGCCGUCGGCUUCUCGCUGGCAAUCUCAUACGGAUACUGCUAUACCAUCGCCAUCGCCUCGGAGGUCUCCGCUGCGGCGGUCAUCGUUUCCUACUGGACCGAUUUGACGCCGGCCGUGGUCAUCACAGUAGGGCUCGUGCUGAUCCUGGCCAUCAACCUGAUGAGCGUGCGGUUUUACGGCGAGACCGAGGUCUUCGGCGGUGCAGUCAAGGUGCUCUGCUUCCUGGGUUUGGUGAUUGUAUCCAUCGUCAUCACAGCCGGCGGUGGACCCAAACAUGAGACUAUCGGAUUCCGCUUCUGGAACAAUCCCGGGCCGUGGACGAACUACAACGGCAUCACCGGCCCGACAGGCCACUUCCUCGGGUUCCUCUCAUCGUUCGUCAAUGCGUCGUUCAGCUUCAUCGGCGUCGAGACUGUCGUUAUCACGGCUGCUGAGUCGGUUGACCCGCACCGCUCCAUCCCCAAGGCUGCACGGCGCGUGACCUACCGCAUUGCCUUCUUCUAUGUUCUCGGCGCCCUGCUUAUUGGUAUCAUUGUUGACCCGAGAAACGCCGGGUUGACCUCGGGCUCUGACAACGCCAACAGCUCGCCAUUCGUCAUUGCCAUCAAAGAAGCCGGGAUCAACGCCUUGCCAUCCAUUGUAAAUGCAUGCAUUCUCAUCGCCGCCUGGUCGGCAGGCAACUCAUACUGUUGGGUUGGCUCGCGAAUGAUCCUGGCCAUGACUACAGACCACCAGCUGCCGCAGGUCUUUGGCCGUGUGACCAAGAAGGGUGUGCCAUACGUUGCAGUGAUCGCCGCCUGGCUGUUUGGGCCGCUCGCAUACCUAAGUAAGUCUCGGUUCUGGCGGCGCAGCCAAGCUUUCACCUGGCUUCUGAAUCUAAGUACAGUCGCCGGUUUGAUUGCAUGGGCAACCCUAUCUUUCUGCUACAUUCGCUUCUACGCCGCGAUGAAGGCCCAAAACGUUUCCCGCGAUUCUCUUCCAUGGAAAGCGCCCCUCCAGCCGUACGCUGCAUGGUUUGGGUUCAUCGGCUCCACGAUCAUCACGUUGAUUGCCGGGUUCCCCGUUUUCCUUAAGGGCAACUGGAAUUCAUCUGACUUUGUCGCCUCGUACAUUGGCAUCCCGAUUUUCAUUGUGCCCAUUUUGGGAUGGAAGCUAUUCUAUGGUACCAAGUUCGCCCGCGCCGCGAGUAUUGAUCUAUGGUCGGGCCGGCUCCAGGAUGGCGAAAUCAUGGAACAGAAGAACCCGCAUCAAACCCUAUGGAGACGCUUUGUCGACUGGCUGUUUUGA